AUGCACGCCCCAUCUCCGCUUCUUCGGGGCUUGUGCUCAAGAACAACCGCCCUGCCGUAUCGUCGACGACUUCCGGCGCAACGAUAUUUGAUCCCAACAUGUCCCCGCGUCUCAUCACGAUCAGUGGCAAGCUAUUCGCACCCGCACCAUGCCUCCGCAAUUUCCGUUCUGCCGACUGCGGUGGACACCUCCUCGGCAGAAUACAAGGAGAACGCGCAGCAAAUGAGUGAACUGGUCGACCGGAUGACCAGCCUUCACAACACCAUUGCACAAGGAGGACCACAAAAAGCAAAGGAUAAACACAUCGCUCGAGGGAAGAUGCUUCCUCGGGAUCGAGUGACAGCUCUCAUCGACCCAGGCACGUCCUUCCUCGAACUAUCCCCCUUGGCUGGCCACGAGGUGUAUCCCGGAGAGGAUGUGCCCGCGGGAGGCAUCAUCACGGGCAUUGGCACCGUGGAGGGCGUCACUUGCAUGAUCGUGGCCAAUGACAGUACCGUCAAGGGAGGCACAUACUACCCCAUUACAGUGAAGAAGCAUCUGCGUGCGCAAGCGAUCGCGCAGGAAAACAAGCUGCCCUGUCUCUAUCUCGUCGAUUCUGGUGGUGCAAAUCUUCCCCACCAAGCCGAUGUAUUCCCGGACAAGGAGCAUUUCGGGCGCAUCUUCUUCAACCAGGCCAGAAUGAGCUCGCUCGGCAUCCCGCAAAUCUCCGUAGUCAUGGGCCCUUGCACGGCUGGAGGUGCCUAUGUCCCAGCAAUGAGCGACGAGACCAUCAUCGUCGAGAACCAGGGAACGAUCUUCUUAGCCGGCCCCCCUCUGGUCAAAGCCGCGACCGGUGAGGUGGUGUCCGCCGAGGAUCUUGGUGGUGGCCAACUUCACAGCACCAUCUCCGGCGUCACAGAUUACCUAGCCGUGGACGACGCGCACGCUCUUGUCCUGGCGCGCCGAUCCGUCGCCAACCUCAAUUACCCGAAAACAAGCAUCCCGCUGAAACUGCCCGAAGACACGAUCAAGGAGCCGCUAUACGACCCCGCCGAAUUGAACGGCAUCGUAGGAACCAACCUCCGCCGACAAAUCCCCGUCCACGAAGUCAUCGCCCGCAUCGUCGACGGAAGUGAGUUCGCUGAAUUCAAGCGCGACUACGGCACCACCCUCGUCACCGGAUUCGCCCGCAUCUACGGCCAUCAGGUCGGCAUCGUCGCGAACAACGGCAUUCUCUUCUCCGAGUCCUCUCUCAAGGGAGCACACUUCAUCGAGCUCUGCGCUCAGCGCCAGAUCCCCCUGCUCUUCCUCCAGAAUAUCUCCGGCUUCAUGGUCGGCGCCGAUGCCGAGAAGGGUGGAAUCGCAAAGAACGGCGCCAAGCUGGUCACCGCGGUCGCCUGCGCCGAUGUCCCCAAGUUCACCGUCGUCUUCGGCUCCAGCGCCGGAGCUGGAAAUUAUGGCAUGUGCGGCCGCGCAUACUCCCCACGUUUGAUGUUCAUGUGGCCCAACGCCAAGAUCGGCGUCAUGGGUUCCGAGCAGCUCUCCGCAGUCAUGGAGGCCGUCGGCCGAACCGCAGAUCCGGAACUGAAAGCCCGCAUCGACCGCGAGUCCGAAGCGGUCUUUUCCUCUGCGCGCCUCUGGGACGACGGGGUCAUUCCGCCGGCGCAGACGAGGCAUGUCCUCGGUCUGAGUCUUGCGGCUGCUCUUGGUGGGAAAGUAGAGAAGGAUGUGCAAACGCGGUUUGGUGUUUUCAGGAUGUGA